UAUAUUUCUCAUUUUAUUGUAUUUUAUUAGAUAUAAUAUUUGCAGUUCACCACGUACAAUAUAAUUAUUUAAGAAUUCUUCAAAGUCAAAAUUAAGUUAUUCGAUAUUAUUUGAUAAUAGGAAUAUGACUAAAUCGAUUAUUAUCAAAGACAUGCUUUAAAAAAUAAAAUUAAUGUCGCGUGAUACAAUAUGUACGAUUUUACUGUUUUUAGGUAAUGAGACAUGGAGAUAGAGCACCUCUGGAUACCUAUCCAAACGAUCUUUAUGUCAACUAUACUAUGGGGCCCAAUGGUUGGGGUCAGCUAACAAAUGAAGGAAAGAGGCACCAGUACAAUCAAGGAUUGUUCCUGCGAAAGCGUUACGAUAACUUUCUAGGUUCGACGUAUCAUCCCGACAUACUUCAUCUGCAGAGUACCAAUGUGGAUCGUACGAAAAUGUCGGGUCUAUUGGAGGCCGCUGGUUUGUGGAAACCUAACGAGAAGCAGACAUUCAAAUCUGAUCUACCUUGGCAGCCAGUUACACUAUUUUACCAGGAACGUCAAGACGACACGCUUAUGUUAGUGUGGAAUACGUGUCCGAGGUAUACACAACUGCGCUCUUCAGUGUACGAUUUGCCGGAAGUCCAGAAGGUGCAUGAGGACAACAAGCAACUGUUCGCAGAGCUUUCGAACUUCACAGGUAUGCCAAUCAGGACUUUUGAGGAUGUCACUUCACUUUAUGGCACAUUAUCAGCUGAGGAAAGCAUGAAUUUGACUUUACCAAAGUGGGUGAAGGAUUACUAUCCCGAUAAAUUAUUACCUUUGGCCUUGUACGGUCUGCAGCUUAACACAUACAACGAUGAAUUCCGUAGACUAAACGGUGGUCCCAUGCUGAAAAAAUUCACCGACGAUAUGUUAGCGAAAAAGGGAGGCACUCUAAAACCUGAAAGGAGGAAAAUGUUUAUGUAUAGCGGUCACGAUAUAACUGUUGUCGCUCUACUGGACACAAUGCACAUUUGGCAUAAUCAAGAACCCCAUUUUAAUAUCAUGACAAUAAUAGAGUUGCACGAAGAUAAAGGCGAAUGGAAUGUUCAGGUAUUUUUAAGAAAUACGACAUCUCACGAACCAUAUCCGAUGAUAAUACCUGGAUGCACCAUUAAAUGUCCUCUUGAUAAGUUUGUGGAGAUCCUAAAGCCGAUGAUACCAGAAAAUUGGAAGGAAGAGUGCAAGGUCGAUGGUAACUUUACAACUCCAACACCACCGUCUCCUUAAGAUCGGAGCCAUAAACAAAGAAGAAGACCAUCACCUUCAUAGAAACUGUCUUUACAUUAUUAACUGUAUUAUAAUGCAAAUAACUUUAUUGUAUGCACACUGGAAAUAAUUAUUUACAUCACUAGCAUAAAAA